GAAUCGCUUUUGGGCAUGCGCACAGAGAUCCGCGUGUCAUCGAUGUUUCGUUGCGGUGACGGUAAAUUUGACCUCUGAUUUAGGGAAAGCGGUGAGCAGCCUCAAGAAGCAGAGACAGGAUUCCGGCUCCAGUAGCACGAGUCUGGAGAGCGAGACAGAGCCUCGGCCCCGGGAAUCCGCAGUCUGAAAUAGGAGACCGCCCUACCCCUGGAGAAACCUCCUCUGAGGAACAGUCGGAAACGCUUCCUGAGGUGGGCCACAGGGGGCUUCCUUCAGAGAGCCGCUUCCGGAGACGAUGACUCAGGACCGGCCUUUGCUUGCGGUGCGGGAGGCCCUGCGGCAGUGCUUCCCCGCGGUGGAGGAGCAGCAGGGCCUGUGGCGGAGCACGCUGAGCGACUGCCAGCCCCUCGUGGCCUCCCUCAGCAACCUGGCCGAGCAGCUGCAGGCGGCCCGGAACGUGCGGUUUGACGACGUGCCGCCACUUCGCGCCUUCCCAGACCUAGAGGAGCAGCUGAGGCGCAAGCAGCUGGCUGCUGGUGACACCGUCCUGGACAAGCUAGGGGAGAGGCUAGCCACCCUCCUCAAGGUGCGUGACACGGUCAGCAGCUACGUGGAGCAAGUGUUUCAGGUCUAUGAGCAGCAUGCAGACGCAGUUGGCAUUGAUGCUGUCCUGCAGCCUUCAGCUGUGAGCCCCUCUCUGGCUGACAUGUUGGAAUGGUUGCAAGAUAUUGAGAGACAUUAUCGAAAUUCGUACAUGAAGAGAAAGUACCUCCUCUCCUCAAUCCACUGGGGAGACUUGGCAAACAUCCAAGCUUUGCCCAAGGCCUGGGACCAAAUUUCAGAAGAUGAACACCAAGACCUUGUGCAAGGUACUGGCUUUUGUUUAUCCUGUGAUCUCCUUCUCUGCAUCCCACAUCUCUGGAAGCAUUAUAGAGAGGCUCUCGCAGCCUCUGUAUCUUUUAUAAAUCCAACAUUCUGUGUCCUCUAGACAGGUGAUAUGCUACAGCCAGAAUUUUUCUCUCUUCCUAUUCCAGAUAUCCUAUUGAAUGUUUCCUUCUUCCUGGAAGAGUAAGGAAGCUGUGUGUUUAUCUGAGACCGGGGGGAGCACAGUUGAAGACUGACCUUGCUGCAUUCUGAUAUUUCUAAAGGAAUGUCAGUAUUGCACUGUGAUGCCCUUGAAUUAUCAGUUCCCAGAACCUAGGGACUGGCCCUUGGGAGGGUUGAUGCUAGGUGUUUCUGACGUUGGGGCUUCUCCAUCCCAGGUUGUGGCUGGACAUACGUGGGCCACUGCUUGCCCUUUCCUGAGGCUCAGGGAAGUGGAGAGAGGCAGAGAGAAAGCAGGAAAGGCAGUGCUGAAGAACGCUGGGUGCAGAAGGAACAGCAGUAGAAGUGGUGGGGAAGGAAAGGACAGGAGGUAAAGAGCAGCACUGUGGAAUUGCUGUCACCCUUGGCGUGAUCCGCAGCACUGAGCCUAGUUGGCACCAGGUCCUGGUUCCAUGUGUUUGUGUCAAUACUUGACUCCUUGAAGAAAGACAGAGUAGCUUCGAUGAUUUAAAGAAAUAGGGUAAUGUUGAAAAAAACAUUAAAAAAAAAUCUGUUUUGGACCAGUUGCAGUCCCUACUUAUCUAUCAUCAGGCAAUUUUAGAUUCCAGAGCGUACCACCAGGGGGAGGCGGUGUAGCAUGAAUUAUUCCGAGUGCUUUGCCUUUGAAGCUUGUUCUCCUCUUGCUGUUGCUCAUCUGAGAGUGCUGGGGUUUAUUACUGAGAAGGAAGGCUUUUCUUUUACCCUGUGGUUUUGAGCUACAAUAACGAUUCCUAAACUGACAGAUUUUUUUGCCCAAAGCUGACAACUGACUUGCCGCAUUCCUCUGAGCUUGGAGUAACUGCUUGGGUGGGAGAACACCAACCCAGAGUCAGAUCAGAGUUACGUAUCUGAGGCCCAGUGCCUUCAUCUGUGAAAUGGUAAUGGUACUUCCAGACCUGUCAGCUUCCUAGGUUUGUUGUAAAAACCUGGAUCAUUGGAUGUAAAAGGGUUUAAUAAAGAGUAUAUAUAUUUUUCAAAAUGAAAAUGACUUUGUUUUUUUCUUAUUACAAAAGGGAUAUGUGCUUUUUAAAAUUUUGUAGAAAAAUUAAAAAUGUAAAAGACCAUGAAACAAACUCAAGUAGAAAUAUUUUGAUAUGUAUAGUAUCUAUUCACAAACUUUUUUUUUUAACAAAUAUGGUAUCAUUGAUACAUACUGUUACUUAAAUUAUCUUUUAAAAAAACUUUUAAUUGAAACAUUAUAGAAAAGUGAAAAUGCACAUUGCGUACCUGCCAACCCAUCUACUUUCGUUGAGUCGAUUUUGACUCAUAGCGACCCUGGAGGACAGAGUAGAACGGCCCCAGAGGGCUUCCAAGGCUGUAAUCUUUAUGGAAGUAGACUGCCACAUCUUUCUCCCACAGAGUGGCUGGUGGGUUUGAACCGCUCACCUUUGAGUUAGCCAGGCACUUUAACCACUGCAUCACCAGGGCUCACUGCCCACUUUCCAGAUACCCAUUAUAACAAUGUGGUGUAUAUUCUCCCAGGUAUUUUAUUUAUUCUAUCAUCUACAUAAUUAUGAAUAAAACCUCAAAGGACAUUUGAGUAUUGGGCCUUAUGAUGGGCUUUGGAAAGAGAUGAGAGACCUAGAAAGGUUUACAGGUCAAGUAGAGAAAGAUUUAAGCCAGUAUUUCUCAAACUUUAAUGUACAUAUAAAUCACUGGUAUCUUGUUAAAAUUUAGAUCCUGAUUCUGUAAGUCUGGGUGGGGCCUGAAAGUCUGCAUUUCUAACAAGGUGCCAGGUAAUGCUGAUGCUGAUAGUCCAAGGAUCAGACUUUGAGCUGCAGAGAUUUAAACUGUAAUACAACAUUGAGAAUAUUGUUGUUGAAAUAAAACAGUGACUUCUGAGUUAAGACUGAGGGGAGUUUUACUUGGGGCUAGGAGGAAGGUGGCCUGGUGGCGCAGUGGUUAAGAACUCGGCUGCUAACCAAAAGGUUGGCAGUUUGAAUCCAGCAACUGCUUCUUGGAAGCCCUAAGGAGCAGUUCUGCUCUGUUCUAUACGGUCGCUAUGAUUGGGAAUUGACUCCAUGGCAACAGGUUUGUUUUUUGAGGGGGUAGGAGAGGGGUGCAGGGCAUUCCAUGCAAAGAGAACAGCCUCAGCAAAGGCAGUUGUUUGAGAAAGAUCGGGAGGUAACACUUACUGGAAGUUUGCUGUGUGCCAGGCAUCGUGCUUGGUGCAUUCACACACACCCCACCCUAGAACUGACAAAUAUUAAUAGUUCAUUACAGCAAUUCAGUAGAGUAUAAAGGGGUAGAAGAAUGACAGGAAAUGGGUUAGUAAGAUGGACUGGGACCCAACUGUAAGAGCCCUGAAUGUCUGGCUCAAAAAUUUGUAUUUUGUUCUGCAAAUGGGAAUUGUUUGUGUGUGUGUGUGUUACAAUAAAGAGCUUUUCAAACUUCCGUCACUGAAACAAGUAAUCAUGGACUCUAAAGCCAUCCCAAUUUGUUUAUGGUGCUUAAUAAUAACUACGUAUAUUUAAGUGUGUUUGUUUUUAUUUUGUUCCCUCUUAGCUUUUCUUCUGCUAUUAAAAUACUGUCCUUUUAAUUGCUCUUUUUAAAUUUAAAUUAAAUUUGACUUAUUUUCUGAGGAAGUGCACGGUUCACAUUGUACAAAAUUCAAAGAGUACACAAGCAAAUUCUGUGGAAAAUUCUCCCCCAGUUACACAGUUCCCGUCCUUGGACACAACCAACAUUAAAUGCUUCUAGGGUAUCCUUUCAGAAAUAUUCUUUGCCAGUAUAAGUGUGAUAGACAUCUCCUAAGAUGGUCCCCAGUGAUCCUGCCUCUGGUAUUCACAUCCUUAUGUACUCCCCUCCCCUUCAAUGUGGCUGGGCUUAUGGACUUGCUUCUGAGGAAUGGAAUCCAGCAGAAAUGAUGGAAUGUCACUUCUGAAAAUAGGGUAUAAAAACAAUCGCAGCUUCCAUUUUGGGCGCUAUCUCUUUCUCUGUCUUGCAUCACUUGCCCGAGGGAAAUCAGUUGCAAUGCUGUGAGGAAGCCCUGUGGAGAGGCUUCUGGGGUGAGAUGGCUGCCAACAACCCGAGUGAGCAGAUUCCACCUCCCCAGCCCAGCUGAGCCUUCAGAUGAGACCAUAGCCCCAGCUGACAGCUAGACUGCAACCUCAUAAGAGAUCUGAGCCAAAGGCAGCCUGCUAAGCUAUGCCCAGAUUCCUGCCCUACAGAAGCUGAGAUGAUGUUUGUUUUUUUUUAUGUUGCUAAAUUUUGGGGUAAUUUGUUUCACAGCAAUAGAUAACUUACAUAACAAGUAAAUACGUUUAUGUAUUUUCUCCCUCAUUUUUAUACAAGUAAUAGAAUACUAUAUACCCAGUUUCAAACCCUGUAUUUUCAAUUUAUUGUAUCUUGAAGAUUGUUGUAUAUGAAUACAUAAAGAGCUUCCUUAGUUUUAUAAAAAUAAUUGCAUAGUUUCUAUUGUUUGGGUAUACCAUAAAUUAUUUAACUUGCCCCCUAUUGAACAUUUAGGUGGUUUCCCCAGGCUUAAUAUUGGUUAGGUUUUUUUGCAACCCUCUCUCUCCUCCCACCCCAAUUCAUUAUGCUU